AUGCGUCAGCUGAGGUGUCGUCUAGAUCGUGGAUUGGACGACGAUCGACGGUGGACUGUGGGCGGAGAAAUGGAUGCAGCAACUGACGGCGGACGGAGAGAUGGUUGCGGCAAUCGACGGCGGUGGUCGACAGCAAGCGGAAGAAUGGAUGCGGCAAUUGACGGCGGGCGGCAGAGGGCGGAGGACUCGGCGGCGUGUGGCAGCGGACGAGCGAUGGCUGCAGGUGGUGCACCCGGAAUCUUCAAAUGUGGCCAGGCUGAGAUGGUUGCCGGAGUGGGAGUCGGGAGAGAGAGAGAGGAGAGAGAGAGAGGAAACGAGUACAGGAGCUCAGGUGCAGAGAUAUCUGUAAGGUCAUGGGGGGGUCAAUUUGGAAAGCCUUGGAAUUGGAGGGCUGAAUCUGGAAUUACUCAAAUUAGUAUCAGUCACGGCGACAUCAUCGACUCCAUCGUGUUCAAAGGCCAUGCCGACGAGGCUACCCCCAAAAGGUUCGGAGGAAAGGGUGGCGAUAGAACCGACGUCAUUGAUAUUGACUAUCCGUAUGAGUAUGUGACGGGCAUAAGUGGGACCGUGGGACAUUUCUACGACAACGGGAGAGUAGUGACUUCCCUUAAAAUAAACACGAAUCGUUGCAAAUACGGACAUUUUGGGAAGGAAGCUGGCACGCCGUUUAGCUUCAAUGCCGAGAAUGGAGUGAUUGUAGGGUUCCAUGGUCGGGCGGACUCCUACGUGAACGCCAUUGGCGUAUACCUUAGGAAAAUUAUGCUACCAAUGGACUCCGACAUUGCUGAAAUCCCUUUGAAACAGUUUGAUCGAGAAUAUGAAAUAGUUUGA